GGAUUGCACAAACAGUAGCCCCGAGGCAGUUUCAAGAAGAUCGAUCGAGCUGGCUCGUUUCUUAGGGUUUCUACUUCAUCCUUGACCUCGUCCUGCAAUCGGUCGCCCCGCGACUUUAGCUCUUCGAUUCUUGCAGUUCUUCACUGGAAGCCGGAGCGACAUCGUCUGGCUUUUAUCGGUUUGCUGAGAAGCUGAUUAGAGAUUAAAGUGGAUGAAGUGGUCGGAACGUGUUCGAUCGUGUGGGUGUCGGUGUUUCUGUGUUCUGUUGGAAUCUUGGCUCAAGAGGAGGAUCAAUUUUGGUGAACUCGAGUUUCUAUAGGCUUUGCUUAGCUAGGUGUAGGUCUCGGGGUUCGAGCUUGGUGGAGGGAUUUUGAAAAUGCCGGAAGAGGACCUCGUGGAGCUGAAGUUUCGAUUGUAUGAUGGUUCGGACAUCGGCCCAUUCCAAUACUCACCUACCUCGACAGUUGCCACACUCAAAGAGAGGAUUGUUGCCGAAUGGCCGAAAGAUAAGAAAAUUGCACCCAAGUCUGCAACUGACAUAAAGCUGAUAAAUGCUGGCAAAAUAUUAGAAAACAACAAGACAGUUGGACAGUGUAGAGUACCUUUUGGGGAACUUCCAAAAGCCGUGAUUACCAUGCACGUUGUAGUGCAGCCAUCCCUCACGAAAGCAAAGACAGAAAAGAAGGUCGACGAGGUUCCGAGGAAACACAUUUGUUCGUGCACCAUUAUGUAAGGAAGUUGCUCGUGAUUCAGAUCAUAGGAUUGUGUGCUUGAUGGAGAUUUCUCGCAUUUCCUUGGUGAUCAACAGAGUUGCUGGAAAGAUGUAUUUUAUGAUUCGUUGAUAAUGCCCGUCCCCCAAAUGUUUGUCGGAGGGCAUUCUCGUGUACCGUUGCAUGUCGAUAAUUUAGUCGCAUUUCUACGUGCGUGCCCUUCUGUAGCUUCCAUCGCUUCUCUUUCUUCGCUUGUAGUUUUUCUCUUGCUGCUCCCUCUCCCCAGUUUGUCAUACGAGGCUUGUGGUCUAUGUCGCACCAUUCUCCUACUAGAAAGAAUGUGAUGAAAUACUUCAAUGCUAUUGAAAGCAUUUGAUUUCUUUUCGUGUAAAUUACUCUCAAGAGUGAUUUGAUGAAUAUAAUAAUAGAUAUACUGGAUAUUUGCAAAA